GCUGCUGCUCGGCCUGACAAGUCUUGGCGUGAGCAUGCUCCGUCGCAGCCGCCGAAGCCGCGGCCCUCACUUUCUCAAUCUCUCUGUGCCCUCGCUUGGGAGGAGAGUUUGCUGCCUGUUCUCCAAGGGAGACGUGACGAGGGAUGCAUACUGUUGCUGCCUGCAAAACUUCAGCCGGAGCUGCUGAAUUCAGCACCUCCAGCCGGGAGGGAGACGAUAGGGCUAGAAAAGCAGGACCGAGGGAGGGGAUACUAGGAAACGAACUUAAGGAAUGAGAGGAAGUUAAGUACCCUUGUUCACAGCCACGGAGUGCAAUGACAAGCAAACUCCGAAACAAGCUCCAUCGAACUCCGCGAGACUUAAAACGAGUAUGUAGACGUUUGGAGAAUGCUGCACAGGAGAUCAGUGCUUGCCACCCACCAAGCAAGUGUGUUAAGGAUUACUGGGAUAUGGAUGAAGAUUUGAAACAGAAAGAUCCCACUGAAUUGUUUCGUCCUCAGUUUGUGAAAGAAAAGCCAAUUUCUAUGAUAUUUCCGGAUAAUGAAACCAGAACUCCUUCUCAGCCUUGCCCAAGAUGUAUUGCUGGAGAACCUGGACACUUUGGUCAUAUUAUGGGUUUAUAGAAGAUCUAAGGACAUCAUUGCACUGAUACUCCGUAACAAAAUAUGUAUGAACAGCUGUUUUCUACACUCCUAUUAAACCAUGUAGAUUUACAGUAUAUGGUUACUUUUUAAACUGUUAUCAGAAUAUAUACACACUCACACUCGCACUCUAAAACAUCUUAUUUCUUCAAAAGAAUGUUCAGCCUAGUGACUGUGCCCUGCAAAACAUGCACACACAUGCAUACAUUUUAAAGAAAUGUGGGUUGUUAACCAUUCAUACACAGGGAAGUAGAAAUUGUUUUCAUAUUAUUACACUUGAUCUUCGCCAAAAAGCCAAGAAGUGACAAGUUUCUAUGAAUGUCAAGCACCUGCUGAAUGCCGACUCUUGUAUGUCAGUACUGACUGUCCCAGAUGAAUCUUGUAAAUGGCUCCCAACUAGUUAUCUAUUUCUGCACUUUUAAGGCAUACACAAAAGAAGAUUGACAAUCACAUUUGGGUGAUGGUCACUAUUCAUGGAUGUAUCUUAUGAAUUUUAAGUAAUUCACAACAUUUGUCUUGGAUUGUCAACAUUCACAUGUUGUGUAUAUCAUCAUUCACCACAUUUCAGAUAAUGCACAGAUGGGAAUGUCUGUGUGUUACAGUGAAUUGAUUACUGAUUGCAUUCACAUAGCUUUGAUUUUCUACCUUUAUAGGCCAUCUUUGUUCUUAUGAUGCCUUCAGGUACCCCUUUUGAAAAUGCAUCACACGCAGUGGAUCUGUGACAGAGGCUGUGAUUCAGUGAAUCGCACAUGGAGCUCACUCACACUGUCAGAAGUCACAGAUCUGUGUGUGCAAGCCAUUCCAUAGCAGAUAAUGGAAAACUCUAGCUGCACUUGUGGUACUUCAUUCACUGGAUUGUACAUGCUGAUCAUUCUGUAAGACCCUUCUAUAUUGUUAGCAGCCAGAUGUAUAAAUUUCUAUAUGCGGUGGCGGGGGGCCUUAGAGUUACAUCAGGACUGGGUGCUUUAUUUCUCUUCAAGUCAAAAAGGAGUAAAAUAGAAGGUUCAUUUAGCCUGUAGUUCCUUGCUUGAUGCUUGUGAACAUUAUUUUAAUUUGCAUGUUUGUUGGAAAUGCCAUAAAAUGUCCUUGGCGCUACUGAAAUUAUUUUAGAAUACACUAUUAAAUAAAUCUCUCCUUUUAAAAAAAAAUUUUUAACAACCCUGGGCAUAAGAGUGUUAAUCAUGUUUCACAUACUUUUCUUUUUUGUAAUUUGUAUUCUACAGUGUACAGUCUAGGACUCACUUGUACCAAGUGUUGAGGUCAUUUCUGGAACACACUGCCUCAUGAGAGACAUUGAGCAGUAAUGAAAUUUCCCCUUUCCACCCCUCCCCACAGCAGUGGUGGAACACAUGGGGUUGCAUUCAAGAAAAGUUAAUCCUAACUAAAUCCCAUUGAAGUUAAUGGGACUUUAGUUAGUCACAACUACUUGUCCCAUUGAUUUAAAUAGUGCUUAGUCAGGAUUGACUUUCUUCUACAACCCAGGGAGUACAGAGUGUUGAAGUUGUGGUUUAAUUUCAGUCCCUUUGCACUCUGUUUAGGAAAGGCAAGGAGGAAUAUGGAGGAGCAGAGAUUCCCACUGUGCUGCUUUGUUUUGUUUUGUUUGUGGAACAGCCACAGUGUUUAGUUCAAUCCUGGAUAAAAAUAUUUUAAAUCACUUGUGUUUGUUCCAGGCCCCAGAGGGGGAGAGGUCAGGACAGAAGGCACACUGACUUAUCAAACAAGCAGUUGGAUGCUUCAUGCAGUGAAAGCAGAAAGCUCCCACACUACUAUUCUGUUAAGUGCAGGCGUGCAGUAUCCUCUUUUCCUGUUCUUAGGCAGAAAGCUUCCAGUUUCAAAGCACAGACAUUAGGGAAGAAUUGGGAGAUGGAGAUUACAAAGCAGAGCACAGAGAUUUUCUCCCAUUUGCCAUUCCCCAUCCUUAGUCAUUCCCAAAGCCUUAUUCCACUACUUAAAGAACACAGUUUAGAGCUUCAUGUAUGCAGGAGCUUCCUGUAUGGAACAAAAUAUUCUCUGAGCACAUAGGCAUACAAUGUGUUACAUUGCAUCUCUCACUGGUGAUGAGCACUAGGGAUGUCUGCACAAGCUUCGUACCUGUUGAAGCACAGAGAGAAAGUUUAUAAAUUGGCCCAAGAUUAAUGUCUAAAGAAACACCUAGCAUAGUUUUUGUUCGUAAUAAAUGCUCCCCCCACACAUCUUUUAAGACAUAAGGUUGAAUCUAGAUGCAAGGACCGUGUUUUCCUGUCAAAUGAUGUUCAUGUCUGUGUGCACACUUAAACACUGUGAUCAGAGAAUAUGUAGAUGUGGAAACAAUGUGAAUAAAGGCAUGUUUUGUAUUGCCAUCAUAGGAGCAGCAAAAAAAAAAAAGGAGAGAGAAGAUUCAACAAGCUGCAGAAUAAUGUGUAUGACUCAUUUGGGAAAAUGUAAUCUUGAUUUGCCCAACACAUUUCAUAGAAUGUACCUUCUUCAGGGACAAGAAGUUGUUCUGCUUCCUACAGAAUUAGCAUGACCUCUCAUUUUGUGCAACCCUAUGCCACUGAAAGAUGUUGGGCAAAUUAAGUUUACUUUUUCCUAAAUGAAUCCUGCACAUUAUUCUACACCUCGUUGGAGGUAAUCUCCUCUCUUUCUUAUGCUGCUGUUUGAGUGUGUACACUGUAUAUAGAUUAUCUGUGUAUUGAACAUAACAUGAAUAGGGCUAUUCUUCUGUAUAUCUAAGAAUAUAUCCUAGAACUUUGACCAACAUUCAUAUUUCUAGGGGUAAGACAUGCAAUUUUAUCAUGUACUUCUGAGCAUCCGCAGCUUUGACUUAGUUCUACCUAGGAUGCUAAUGUUCAUGCAAAAAAAUGAAGUCACUUUCCCAUUCCUUUCUGGGAGGAGGACAGGCCCUUACAUUUGGACUAAUACAAAGGCUAAUUUUUGUGUGAAAUGUCCUAUUUGGAAACAAUGGAUUUUAAAAAACACAAAACAAUUUGGAAACAAUGAAUUACACUAUUACACCUAAGGGCCAUAAUGCCUAUGCUUUUGAAAUCCCUAAUUUUGUUUUAGAAAGCUAUGGAUGAUUUUUAGAGUUUAUAUGCUAAUUAUUUUUCCUGAUAUAGCAUAGAAUGUUUACAUAAAUAUGCCAGUAUACAAACAGUAGAAACAUUUGAUUUUGGAUUGAAGGUUUAUUAAAAACGUUUUAAUGAUGAAUGUAUUGUAUAUUGUUUUUAAUCCCUACUUUAAAAAGGGGGGGAAAUUAACACAAAAGUGUUUUAGGAAAUGCCAGUGUUAAAAACUUUUCUUUUAUAGUGAUGGAACCUUGCAAAUCUAUUAGAUGCUUUAUGUAAUACAGAUCCUUUUGUACACAAACUAUGACUACUUCUUUAAUGAAUGUAAGAUAAUGUUUUUAUAACUUUUAAUUCAGAUUUCAUAAAUUUGAUUUUUUUUUAACUUUUAAAAUCUUUGUGGUUUGUAAAGCACAGUUUAUAGAAAGUUGAAAAUUAAAUAGCACUUUGACUUUAAA